AGGGGCGGGGCAGCUACAAUUAAGUUUGGGCGGCCUAAUUUGAAGAACCGAACGGACGGAGCCGAGGAGGCAUUUGGUGUUUAGUUUGCAUUGCACUAUUCGGGAAAAAGUGUCACGAAAUUAUAGGCCAUAUAGACCGGUUUGUGUAGGCUACCAGGCGGCCUUUUGGAGGGGUAGCUCCCCUCGUGAAAUAGUUUGGUUAAAACCGUUUUUUUCUCUGUUCGUGGGAAGGACUCUUAGAGAAACACCUGCAAACUCUUCUCCAUCAGUGUGCUGCCUCGCCAUUGCGUGCAUUUGUUUUUUUCUUGUUGGUUAUUCGUUCGUUUUAAUUUUCAAUAAAUUUAAUAAACGGAAAGGAGAAACAAGACAUAGCAGCGCCGGACAGGAGGCCUGGAGGCAGUGCUGGCCCAGCCCUACACGGACAUCUUCCUCCGCAGAAGAAUCGGAAAGCCCCUUCACUGCCCAGCCCGGGGAUAGCAGCUGAAAGAAUGAAGCUCUGACACUGCGUGGGACUGAAUGGACACGAGAGCACAGCUCAGAGUGGACCCUUCUGUGAGGAGCCAACGCCAUCCUCCCUCCCUUGACUUGAGGAUGCCCAUUAAGAAGCACAGAAAAAGAAAUGCUGACCUUGUGAGUGUGACCUCAGAUGCCAGAGGAGCCAGUGUCAGUCAACCAGCAAGUGGACGCACAAGAGAGACCUCACUGACCAGGCAGGCAUCUGCAGAAAGGUCGAUCAGGCAGUGACCACCACCGCUCCAGCCCGGCUUCAUCCCACUGGGUCAGCAGCACCUGUGAGAGCAGUGAGUCACCCCACUCGGCGCGGUCGGCUGUACAUGGAGACCCCCAGCUGGGCAGAAAGCAAGCCAGGAAACGGGUUGUGCAAAUCUGGAACCAUUGCUCUCUUUGGAAACGUGGUGUACAGUGGGCUGCUGAACGAGCACUUCUGGCAUUUUGGGGUGCCCCUCGUCACGAGACUGGGUAACCAAGAGGCCACAGCCCCCCCAGAAGCGAUGGCCCAGCCGUACCCCCCCGCCCAGUACCCCCCUCCUCCGCAGAACGGAAUCCCAGCGGAGUAUGCAGCGCCACACCCCCACCCCACGCAGGACUACACGGGCCAGAGCACGGUGCCCGAGCACGCGAUGACCAUCUACACGCCCACACAGACACACAGCGAGCCGCCGGGCACCGACAGCAACACGCCGUCCCUCACCGGCACGACGACGGUACCGCAGGCGGACGAGGUGGCACAGACGGAGGGCUCCCAGCAGCUCCAGCCCUCGGACUCCUCAGAGAAGCAGCAGCCCAAGAGGUUACACGUCUCCAACAUCCCCUUCCGCUUCCGGGACCCGGACCUACGGCAAAUGUUCGGGCAAUUCGGGAAGAUUUUGGACGUGGAAAUUAUUUUUAACGAGCGGGGCUCCAAGGGCUUUGGAUUUGUAACUUUCGAAACGAGCGCGGACGCUGACCGUGCGCGGGAGAAACUAAACGGUACAAUCGUAGAGGGACGCAAAAUCGAGGUAAACAAUGCAACAGCAAGAGUAAUGACCAACAAGAAGGUGGCUAACCCUUACACAAAUGGGUGGAAGCUGAAUCCAGUGGUGGGAGCUGUCUAUGGUCCUGAAUUUUAUGCAGUAACCGGCUUCCCCUACCCGACCACAGGGGCGGCGGUGGCCUACAGAGGGGCCCACUUGAGAGGCCGGGGUCGUGCCGUGUACAACACAUUCCGUGCCGCGCCCCCGCCCCCACCCAUCCCGGCCUAUGGAGCGGUGGUUUACCAGGACGGCUUUUACGGCGCUGAAAUUUAUGGGGGUUACGCCGCGUACAGAUACGCCCAGCCUGCCGCCGCCGCCGCCGCCGCCUACAGUGACAGUUACGGCCGAGUCUAUGCAACGGCAGACCCCUACCACCACACAAUCGGCCCUGCCGCCACGUACAGCGUCGGUACCAUGGCUAGCCUAUACAGAGGAGGGUACAGUCGCUUCACUCCCUACUAAAGAGAGAGAAACAUUGCCCCAACAAAAAACAAACAAACAAACACCUCCUUCUUCAUGGAAAAAUAACUAUAACAAAAAGCUUCCAGGUCACAACGCUGACCCUCCCCACAACACCCUCUCAAGUUGAUGUUAUAUUUGAAGAAUACUCUAUUAUUAUCUUACUCUGUAAUUAUUUUAUAGGAUGUUAUGCUUCAUUUAUAUAUAUUUCAUGUAUUUAUUUGUAUAAAAAUGUGUACCCUGCUCUGUCUGUGUGUAAGGGGGAGGACUCCUUUGUGAAGAGGACACCCCAAAAAAAAAAAAAAAAGAAGUGGGGGAAGUGGGAGGGGCAAAGUGGGCGUCGUCCUAUGAGCAUUCUCAAGUCUAAGACAGCAGACAUCACUUCCAGAGUUUUACCAGGUGGAGAGAGAGGGAGCGCGGAUCCUUAGAGGCCGAUAAGAGGCUCGGGUUUUGGGCUCGGGCUCAGAUUAGAGGCGCUGGACAGGGGCAGCUCGCGGGGAGAAGCGCCCGGCGGCUGCACGGGUCCUUCUCGCCGCACGCCGGCGAUUCAGGGACGCUUUCGGACGAGGCGCCCGUCGUUAGCCACCAAAAAAAACAAAUUGGUUAAGUAGCGGCCCGCGCCGACGGGACGAGCCGACGCGCGGCGGGCUGCGGGGGUGGGGGGGGGAGAGGGGCGAGGUGAUAACGACGCUGUUGCCGGGGACGAGCGCGUUAAUGCCCAGAUCAGUCUUCAUUACCAGAGUGGCCGGGCGGGCGGCGGUGCAGCUUGAUCACCCGCUGUGAGGGGGUCUCGCCGCGCCCCCCGAUCCAUUCAUUACAGCCCCCACAGCAAGAUGCACGAGGGAGGAGAGAGCCUGUCCCGCGCCCCUCUCUCCCUCUCCCUCUCCCUCCCUGUCCCUGCCUCCCUCCCUCCUUCUCCUGGCGGAGCGGGGGUGAAGGCAGGUCGCCCCGCCUCCCCGAGCAUGCUCAUUAAGGACGGCGCCCACGCGCGGCGGCUCUCCCGUUCCGUUGGUCCGAGGCGUUUAGCGGCAGCUCCUCGCGCGAUUAAGGGAGCGGAGAGAGAGAGCGAGAGAGAGAGAGCGAGCUGCGCAGCGCCGCGGAAUGAAGCGGGAACGCCGCCGCCGCCCCGCCCGGCCGGGGGACGCAUCGGUGUCUUAGUGAAACCAGUGAUCUGUAGGAGUCAUGUGACGCUACGCGCAGUAGAGUACCAGGAAGAAGAAGAAAAGAAAAGAAAAAAAAAACGUGAUGUAUCCCAUUGCCACCGGCUGGUUUUACGGGCUGGAUGUGAUCCACUGUUCUCUGGCGUGUGCGGUGGAAGUCAUAGGUUCCACUCCUCAGAUUUAUGUGUCAUUAGCUACCUGAAGACUGUACCGGGCCGGACGUGUUUGCUUCUCAUUAAGAGAACGCCGGCUCAUUUAGCGGCUUCAGUGCUGCAGAUCCUAAUAACCGCCACUCUUCUACAUUAGCUCCAUGAUUCACUAGAACAAAAAAAGAAAAGGCUCCAGAAUGUUUCUACCUCGGGCUAAAACAGCAAAGUGGGAGAGAAAGAAAAAAAAAAAACAGAGUGAAGUAUGAAUUUGUGAUAACCGCUGGAAAGAUACAAGCCUUUUCCCGUGAAAAGGAGUGAGAGGCAGGCAGUGGAAAACUCCUGUUGCCAGGAAUCAAUUGAUCUUAAUCAGACUGCAUCCAUCGCGCUGCUCAGACACACAAUUGAAAGGAAUCGCAGCUGAGAUAGAGAGCGUUUAGGUGUGCUGCGCGCCGCCCAUCCGAACCCUCCCUGCAGGAGAGCCGAUGACACAGUGGGGGGGGGGGCACGGGGGGGCUAAGAAAAAAAACAAACUAUCAAGAAACUCCACACUCCAGAUAUUCUUCAGCUUUAUUUCUCUCUCUCUCUCCUGCCCCCUUGCCCAACACCUGAGAGAUACUUUAGAGAGCUUCUCCCAGAUAGAGGUGAGAUUGACGCCGUUCUUGUGUGAAACGCUCUCUCAAGGUGACAUUCCCCCCCCGCCCCCCUCCCCCCCCCUCUUCAGUGCCCAGCUCUUUUAAACAGCCCCGGUGAGGGGCCGAUGAUAACGGGACCCUGCCGUCCCGAGAACAGAGAGGGGAAACCAAUAAUCCCGGGAGUGGAAGUGAAAUAGUGCUCCCUCGUUUCGGGGCGGCCGAGGACGUUGAUCAUGUCCCCUCCCGGAGGAGGGUGCACACAUACACACCGCACAGUAAAUAGCCGCCCGCCUCAGAUGGAAUUGUAAGGGGGAGUUAUAGGAGAGGGAAAAAGGACCUGUAGAAAACCAGCAUCCGAGGCAAUUUACUUCACAGAUUAAAGAUAACACCAUUCAGUCAAUAACCACUGAUCUCAUUUGAAGAUACACUAGACUAACUCCGCACACAGUGCAGCCAGCUUAGUCCAUUACCAUAGCUGCUGUAGCGCUUUCUCCAGACGUUAUAUUCUGCCCGCGCGUUUAGAAUGAGAAACUGGCGAUUGUGAAAUAUGGAUUGGAUGAACUGAUUUUUUUUCCCCCACCUCUCUGAGUGAGGGAGAGUGAGAGAAAACAGAUGUCCAAAAUUUCAGAAUUCCCUUUCGCGUUCUUUGCGUUUUUUGGGCGCCCUCUCCCCGUUUGGGGGCUCUGCCCUGUCGGCGAGGCCACCGUUCUCAGGGCCCAGGGGGCGUCGCGGAAGGCGGCGGGUGUAGUCACAGCAACGGCGGGGCCCCUCAGACUGAGGGGCGGGGCUGAGUCCGCGAUCCGCCACGGACGCCGCGCUCAUUCUCCAAACCACUGAGCAGAGCUUUUCUCAUUUCCCCCCGCCCCCGCCCCCCCGGUUCAGUCGGCCAUUCUGGAUUCCCUGCACAGCCGCGGCGGCGCUCUCAAUCACCGAUAGUCGCUUACGCACGAGGCGCACGCACACGCAUCCCUUUCAGGUUUCAGGGGGAAAAUCGUUUCGGGAUCCAAACUAGGAAACACAAUUUUCUGCUCCCAUUCAGAGGCUCCCCCGGGAACAAUUUCAGGUUAUUUGCGUUUUUUUUUUUUUUUCUCCUCCUCCUCUCCCCUCCUCUCCCCGUGCUCCCCAGGCUCCCGUCAGCGCGGGUCCCUGGAGCGGGUUCAGGGGGAACGCUCCGUUGCUUAGGGCCUGACUGAAUGAGGGAGCGCGUGUGUGUUUAGCGCUCCGCCCGCGGUCAGGGUGUCAGCCUUCCAAUCGCACGCUUGCCUUUAAGCCUGCUUCGCAAACCCCGGAGAACACAGCAGAUUUGUUUGCCGUCUACCGGCAACCCCUCCCUGCCUAUCAAAAGUCGGCGCCGACGUCUGUCUGUCCUUGAUUUAUCAUUCGUCCUCCGAGCAUGAGUUACGGUGGCAUUCGAUUGGUCGAGAUGUCGUCGGUUUUCCCCCCAGUGUUCCUUAUUCAAGCCUAGGUUUGUGAGACAGAUAAACGCAGGCAGCUUGCACCACAUACAGAGGUGCAUCGUUUAAAUUAACAUUUUACUAACCGUUUACAAAUUUCUAUCUUUCAUUGUGUUUGUCUUUUUAAAUAAGUUCUAAUUAGGUUUUUAAAAUGAAGUAUUAUUAAUGCAGCGCUUUGGGUGAGUCACUGAAGCUAUUUUUUGUGCAGGUGCACAAAUCGCGGUAACGUUGUUGAAAGUGUGUCCAGCAACAAGAUUUAAAAAUAAUAAUAAUAAUCUAAAAUUCACAACCUAAAACCAGCUGCAAUGUGGGAAUGGAAUACAGACUCUUAAAAGCUGUUAUCAGCAGAUGUAAAUAGCAGUUAUAUGUCUGAAAAGGUUACUUUCUAUCCUCUGGUCCAUGGCGCUAUACAUAUUUUGUUUUCACAUUUGUUUUAUUUAUUUAUUUUACAUUUACAAGGUGUUAUAUUUAUAGAGCUAACAGUUACACAUGCCAGUACUUGUGUAUUAUAGUAUAAGGUGUUAAAAAACAUAGUAUUUAUUAGCAUAUUAAAAAGACUAUAGUAUUAUUAUCAUUAGAUUCAAAGAAAUGUAGAACAAUGAUCUAGAUGAUAAAAUGUUCUUCCUUUUAUAUACUAAUAUUAUGUACUUAGGGUUACACCAUAGGGACAUUUUUAUAUAAUUAAGAAAAAGGCUUUAAACCAUAUUGUUUAUACCUUUUUUUGAAGAAGAGGGAUAGCCGAUGUCUUUAUAUGUGUUUCUGAUCAAAUUAUUCUGUGAAGUGUGUGUUGUUGAAUGUAUAAACUGUGUCAAAGUAACCACUAGGAAUUAAAGCUGCUCUCUGACAAUAAA